AUCUGUGUGGCAGCUGGGAUUACAUAUGUUCCUCCAUUACUCCUGGAGGCGGGGGUUGAAGAGCAGUAUAUGACGAUGGUCUUAGAGAAUGAAACAUGAGGACCUAGCCUCUGUACCACUGGCCUCCCAGAAGCAAAUGUUACAGCACCACCUGACAGCGAAGGAUGAUUUCCACUCGAUGUUGUUAGCCUGGAUCUAAUUGCUUCUAGUAGAAGUAUGUAUACAACCCAUUUUUAACCAUCAUCUUUAUAUUUAUCACCUAACCAGACAGUAAGGGUUCAGUCUAUUUUUUGUUCCAUUUAUCAGCAUAAAGAUUAUGUCUUUGGCUCCAGUAUCAGAAAUCAUCUCUUGGGACUGGAAAAUGUAAUAUAUCCUUAGCACUUGUUUUCUCAUGUACGACGUUUUCUAAUAUUAAUAAUAAAAAACUAACAAUAAUAAUAAUAAUAUCUAGUAAUAAUAACAACAACAGUAGGUAUGUUUAGUUAGAUAGUCCGCCACGCCUUUAAUAGUUCAGAAAGCAUAGCGGAAGUCAUUUGAGAUACAGGUGACAUUGUCAUGUGACCUUGCCGAAGACCAUAUGGAUUCCUUAUUGUGGUCAUGUGACUUUUUUGGUAAUGGAGAUCAAAGGUCUUGACAUACUAACUUCAUAACUGGUAAACAAAUGCAUUCUGUGAUUCUCGGUGAAGUUCAAUUUACUGGCAUCCCAAUGAAAAAUAACUAUUUGGUGGCCAUAUUAGCUUUUGGUUGCUGUUGUAUAUAGUUUUAAUCUGACAAACCUAUUGUGUGCAUUCCAGAUCAGGUUCAUUUUUGACAAUACCGUAAUGCAUUACCCAGUCAGUGCCACAGGAGAUGCUUUGUUGUUGCUUAUGAUCCGCUCUUUUUUUUUCGAUUUGCAUUUCAACUGCUUUCUCUAUUUACAGGGAUUGGGCCAGUCUUGGGACUCCUGUUCAUACCUCUGAUCGGUUCAGCCAGUGACCACUGCACAAGCAGCUAUGGCCGGAGACGACCCUUCAUCUGGCUGCUGUCUCUGGGGGUGCUGCUGGCCCUGUUCAUCAUCCCCCAUGCUGACAUGCUCGCCUUUAACUUCAGCUGGGGCGGACAGGCUAUGCAUGUGACCUUUCUCAUUCUGGGAGUGGGUCUACUUGAUUUCUCCGGCCAGGUCUGCUUCACCCCGCUGGAAGCUCUGCUCUCCGACCUGUACCGGGAGGAGGAGGAUUGUGGGCAAGCCUUUGCCAUGUUUUCCUUCAUGGUCAGCCUGGGCGGCUGCAUCGGCUAUCUGCUCCCAGCCAUCAACUGGACCGACAGCUACCUCUCUGCCUACCUCGGUGGUCAAGAGGAGUGUCUCUUCUCCUUGCUUACCUUCAUCUUCAUCCUAAGUGUCUUUGUCACCAUGAAAGUCUCACAGGAGCCCACCUACCCCUCAGGGUGCCUGCUGCUAGAACCAAAGCCUUCAGAGAGAUCCAGGUCUGUCUCCCGCUCCUGCUGCUACCUUCUCAAGUGCAAGCUGAGGGUCUUCAGGUCGGGCCCUUUGAUUUGCAUGUUACGGACUUGCUGGUCGAUGACCCCCGCCAUCUACCGCAGUUACUGCCACAUUCCUCGGGUCAUGAAGCAGCUGUGUGUAGCCCAGCUCUGCAGCUGGAUGGCCGUCAUGUCCUUCAUGCUGUUCUACACAGACUUUGUUGGGGAAGGGCUUUACAAAGGUGUCCCCAGUGCAGCACCAGGAACCGCAUCAAGACUUCGCUAUGAUGAAGGUAUUCGCAUGGGGAGCCUGGGCCUGUUUCUGCAAUGUGCUACCUCAACAUUUUUCUCAAUAGUCAUGAGUAAACUUGUCAAACUGUUUGGGUCUAAGAGAGUAUAUUUGGCGAGCAUGGUCAGCUUCACCUUCUCUGCACUGGUGAUCUGCCUUUCAAAGAGCAUUGUGCUGGUCACCAUGAUGUCUGCACUAACCGGAUUUGCUUAUGCCACACUACAGACCCUGCCCUACACACUGACCUGUCAUUACCACAAGGAAAAGGACAUCUAUAUGCCAAAAACAAAAGCUAAAAAUCUGCUUAAAAAUGGAAUCACGAUAACCAGAGAGUCUGUUUAUCUGACUCCGGAUGAACAGUGCACCAUAAAUGACAACCACAAUCAAAACGGACAUGUGUGCAUUGAGCCAGAGCGUGCAGGCAGUUACCCUGCCCAGAGUAACUCUGCCAGUGGUGGUGAUGGUGAGGAGGAGGAGGAUUUUGGGAAGCGUGGCGUCGGCUUGGACUUUGCCAUCCUGGACAGCACCUUUCUGCUCUCUCAAGUCAUCCCCUCUUUCUUCAUGGGGAUGAUCGUUCAGUUUACAGAAUCUGUUACAGCAUACAUUGCUUCCUCCACUAUCUUCGGUUUGAUUGCAAUUUAUUUAGCCAACCGCAUAGUGUUUGACCAAAAGGACCUGAAAUUCUGAGAGGAUGAGAAAAAGAAAAAAUGUGAUGGAGCAGCAUUAAAACUGCUGCCAACUGAGUUAGUAUUUUUAAACAUGGCUGCUGGAAAGGUCAGGUGGUGUUUUUAAAAUAAUUUUUCUGUUACACGCCUUUCCUUCUA